CAAAAUUUAUGAUUUAACGAGACACUCAAAGCACAUACAUAAAGCAAACCGUAAAGUGCGAAGCCGACGGAAAUUUUCCAGAAGGAUCCUUUCUGAAAGUUCGGAAAUUUGACGAAACGAGAGUAUGUUGGGCAAUUGAAAAACGAAUGAGAAGAUUUCAGUGUUGAAUCCAUUUCCUCCUGCGUUCCAUUCUCUCUGGUUUUGAAUUUCUUGUUGCAAUCGAUCAUGGCGUCGUCUGGCAGCGGAUUGACAUUCAAACUGCAUCCUCUUGUGAUUGUGAACAUUUCCGAUCACUACACCAGGGUUAAGUCUCAGAUGAAUCCUCCCUCCUUAAGCAGUUCAUCUCCAUCCCCAUGCGCCCUAAGUAAUGGCGCCGAUGUAGCCGAUUCUGCGGACCCUUCCACUUCUCCUCCUGCUCCUAGGGUUUACGGUUGUGUUGUUGGCGUUCAGAAGGGCCGCACGGUUGAGAUCUUCAACAGCUUUGAGCUUCUGUAUGAUCCCAAAACUCAUUCACUGGACCGCACCUUCCUUGAGAAGAAGCAAGAGCUCUAUAAGAAAGUUUUUCCCCACUUCUACAUUUUGGGUUGGUAUUCUACUGGGAGUGAUGCCGUUGAGUCUGACAUGCAUAUCCAUAAGGCUUUGAUGGAUAUCAAUGAAAGUCCUGUCUAUGUUCUUCUUGAUCCUUCCAUUAAUCAUGCUCAAAAGGAUCUCCCAGUUACUAUAUACGAGAGUGAACUACAUCUUAUAGAAGGGAUCCCCCAGCUAAUUUUUGUUCGCUCAAGUUACACUAUAGAGACGGUAGAAGCUGAGCGAAUUUCUGUUGAUCAUGUUGCACAUUUGAAACCAUCUGAUGGAGGCUCUGCUGCAACUCAACUGGCUGCUCACCUUGCGGGUAUUCACAGUGCCAUCAAAAUGCUGAACAGCAGAAUCAGGAUACUUCACAGUUAUCUUCUGGCAAUGCAAAAUGGUGAUAUUCCUCUGGAGAAUUCUCUACUAAGACAAGUGUCUAGUUUACUCAGAAGAUUACCAGUUAUUGAAUCAGAAAAGUUUCGAGAUGAUUUCUUGACGGAAUAUACUGACACAAUGUUGAUUACGUACCUAGCAAUGUCCACUAAUUGCUCAAGUGCAAUGAAUGAGCUGAUUGAAAAAUUCAACAUUGCAUAUGACCGCCAUAGUCGAAGAGGGGGCCGAACGGUUUUUAUAUAAAAGCUCCUUGCAGGGACCAACUGUAUUACAGAAGGUUCAGGUACUACUUCGAUGAUGGUGGUAGGAUUUGAGUGGCAAUGGAAGGGGAUGAUAUAGGAAUUCUUUUUGUUUUUUGUUUAUUUUUUGCUCUACCUUUUAUUUGAUACUUUUUCUGGGUUUAAAGAUGCUUAUUGUUCUCAGUUAACUGGAGCAACUUCUAUAGUCAUAGACAAUCUUAUGAUGGAGAAGUAUUAUAAUGCCAAAGAUGCACUAUAGACUGAAUCUGAUAUGAUUUCAGGGUGAUUUAAGGGCACUUUUGGGAGUUAUUGUGAAAAUUUUAAAA